AUGCACCUCGCAGCUUGCUGCUGCCACGGCGUCAGCUGCCUAUACACCUCAACACCCCCGGACAAACAGCAGCAGCAGCAGCAGCAGCAGCUAUUGAAGCUGCUGCUGCUGCUGCUGCUGCUGCUGCUGCGAAUGCGGAUAAGUGCAUGGCGCCGAGGGAGAGGAGCGGCAGCAGCAGCAGUUGCUGCUGCUGCUGCUGCAACUGGAGCAGGACCUGCUGCUGCUGCUGCUGCUGUUGCUGUUGCUGCUGUGAACACGGAGCAGCAGCUGCAACAGCAACAGCAGCAGCAGCAGCAGCAGCAGCAGUUGCCGCUGUCGUUACUGCAACAACAGCAGCAGCAGCAGAAGAAGGAUAUUAAUACUAAACUGCAUGCAACCAGCAGCAGCAGCAGCAGCAGCAGCAGCAAAAGUAGUAUUUGUCUGCUGAGGGGUUUAGGGCUUUGCACGGGUCUCCUUCUCUCCACCACUGCCACACGCCGCACAGCAGCAGCAGCAGCAACAACAGCAACACCAGCAGCAACAGCAACAACAGGAGCAGCAACAGCGAGAACGACAGCAGCAGCAGCAGAAACGCCGACAGCAGCAGCAGCAGCAGCAAUAGCCGCAGCACCAACAGCAGCAGCAGCAGCAGCAACAACAGCAACAACGAGAAAGGAUACUGCUUGGCAGUCUCAUCAGCAACACAGCUGGCAGCACACAGCAGCAGCAGCAGCAGCAGCAGCAGCAGCAGCAACUGCAGCAGCAGCUGCCGGUGCAGAUGCAUUAGCUGCAGCAGCAGCAGCAGCAGCCACAGCAGCAGCAGCAACGGCAGGGAAAACCUUCGCCUGGCCCCGGGCGAUGCAGCGGCUGCCGCAGCAGCAGAAGCAGCAGCUCAAGGAAUUCAUACUGCAGCAAACCAAGCAGCAGCAGCAGCAGCAGCAGCAGCAGCAACAGCAGCAGCAGCAGCAGCAGCGAGAAAACGCAAACGAACGAGCAGCUAACGAGCUGCCUGGGGACGCUCAGCCACCUCAGCUGUAUCAUCCUGCUGCUGCUGCUGCUUCGAGCAGCAGCAGCAGCAGCAGCAGCAGCAACAGCAGCAGCAGCAGCAACAGCAACAGCAGCAAUACAGACCAGGCCAGCAGCAAUAGCAGCAGCAGCAAAGACUCUGUAAGGACCCCUGCAGCAGAAGCAGAUGGGUGCGUCGCUCCGCUGCAGCAGCAAGACCAGCAGCAGCAGCAGCAGCAGCAGCAGCAACAGCAGCAGCAGCAGCAGCAGCAGAAGCGGCGGCAGCGGCAGCAAGAAAGAAAACGAGGGGGGCUCACCCGCAGCAUGGAGAGUGUUUAUGUAGAUAGCCAAUACAUUCGAGUCCGAGCUGUUUCUCCGCCUUCGGCAGCGGCUGCAGCAGCAGCAGCAGCAACAGCAACAGCAGCAGCAGCAGCAGCAGCAACAGCAGCAGCAACAACGCGCGCGCAGCAGCAGCAGCAGCAGCAGCAGCAGCAGCAGCAGCCGUACUUUCCCCUUGAGAGCAGCAGACUGAGCAGUGUUGCUGCUCUCCACCGUGGCGUCCGCCGCCUGACAGCCAGAGGUUCAGACUGGUGCUUCCUGCAGCAGCAGCAGCAGCAGCAGCAGCAGCAGCAGCAACAGCAGCAGCUGCAUGCGCCUGGAGACAGCACAGGAGCAGCAGCAGACCCUGCAUCAGGCGGCGCAGCAACAGCAACAGCAGCAGCAGCAACAACAACCCCCUCUCCCCAAACAACAACAGCAACAGCAACAGCAACAGCAGCAGCAGCAGCAGCAGCAGCAGCAGCAAGACUGCAGCAGCAUGUGUUGUGCUCGGAUAGAUACACCAGCCGGUUGCUGCUGCAGAGCCACCGAACCAGCAGCAUGAACAGGCAGCAGUAUAACACCUUCAGCAGCACUCGUGCUGCUCUCAAGUCUGCUGCUGCUGCUGCUGUUGGCUGCUUCUUUGCUGCUGCUGCUGCAACUCCACUUUCUGCUGCAUACAGGAGACAGCAGCAGCAGCAGCAGCAGCAGCAGCAGCAGCAGGGAGAGACAGAUCCGUCUUCAAAAGCUGCAGCAGCUGGUACUCCUGCUGCUCCUGCUGCUGCUGCUGCUGCUGCCGAUCGGACUGCUGCUGAGGGCUUCACCACAAAUGCUGCUGCUGCUGCUGCUGCUGCAGCAGCUGCUGCUGCUGCUCCUUCAGGGGCAUCUCCUGACGGCGGUUCCGCUUCAACAGCAGCAGCAGCACCAGAAGCAGCAGCACCAUCACCAACAGCAGUAGCAGCAGCACCACCAACAGCAGCAGCAGCAGCAGCACCAACAGCAGCAGCAGCAGCAGCAGCAGCAACUCUGACAGUGCCAGGGGGCGCGAUGGAGUUUGUGUGUUUUGUUGCUCAGCAGCAAAUGCAUGCAGUCGUAGAGCUAGCCAUGCGGCUUGCUGCUUUCAACAACCAGCAGCAGCAGCAGCAGCAGCAGCAGCAGCAGCAGCAGCAGCAGCAGCAACUGCAACAGGAGGAGGAGCAGCAACAGCAGCAGCAGCAGCAGCAGCAGCAGCAUACUCCUGCGCAGUCUGAGUGGGUGCUGCCGCCGGCGGAUGUCUUAAUUACUGGGUUCGCUGCUUUAUGGUCCGAUUUUGUCUCUUCUGCUGUUGAGGCCUACACUGCAGACGACGUGCAGCAGCAGCAGCAGCAGCAGCAGCAGCAACAGCAGCAGCAGCAGCAGCAGCAGCAGCAGUUUCUGCGUCUCCCUGACGUUGAUUUGUUUGGUUUGUUUUUGCUGUCGCGGCUGCACAGCAAAUGGAAAAAGACAGACGGAGAAGGAGACAUCGCACAGUUGCUGGAGGAGAUUGGGGAGGAGUGGAAGGGCGUCGCCUCCGCCGAGUCUCCGCAUCGUGCUUUGCUGCUGCAGCUGCAGCAGCAGCUGCUGCAGAUGCAUGAGGCUCUUGCUGCAGCAGGUAAAGUGCAUGCGCUGCUGCAUGCGCUUCAAGAUGUUGCUGCUGCUGCUGCUGCUGGGCAUCUGCUGCAGCCGCUGUCGCUGCAGCAGCUGCUGCACCGGCAGCAGCUGCUGCGGCAGCAGCAGCGCUUCGCCUUGCUGCAGAAAACACUGCAGCAGGAGCAGCAGCAGCAGGAGCAGCAGCAGCAAGAGCAGCACCAGCAGGAGCAGCAGCAGCAGGAGCAGCAGCUGCUGCAGCAGCAGCAGCUGUUCCCGCUGCAGGUGAAGCAGCAGCACGAAGGAGAGCCAUCAGCUGCUGCUUCUGCUGCUAGGGAUGCAAGCCCUAAACCCUAA